AUGGAUGUCGAAAACUCAGUCCCUGAUUUGGGACCAUUCAGUUUCGAAGGAAAAGACAUACCCCCUGAGUGGCUAGACGACAUCUUUCCUAUCACAGACAAAUGGCCGGCAGACCAUGGCUAUGAUCACUUGAGAGGACAGGAGAACAUGGGCACACCCGUGGAACUUCCAGCAGAACGAACAUGUCACAAUCCUCAAGGUCCUUGUCUCAGCUUGGCAACAGGCCUCCUCAAGUCCAUGCACAUCAGUUCCCCAUCCUGCCUCUUGGGGGGAUGCAGCAUGAGUAAGCAGGAUCAGCAGCAGUGCCCGGUCGAUGCGACCCUGUCCACCUGUCAGAGAAGUCUGCGAGUCAUGCGCGGCCUCCUCAGGUGCCCCUGCUACUCCAGCCCUCAGCUGCAGCUCCUAGUCACCGUCAUCUGCAACGAGACGAUAGCCUGGUACUGGCGCAUCAUCAGCACGUACAACAGCAGCCGCCAUCACCCCGGCACGAGAAUGGAGCGCGGUACCAGAGGCGAGGCUUCCACACAGGCAGAAGCCCCGCUCCUGAGACGACCCUUCUUCAUCGGCGACCACUAUUUGGAGGGCCACUUGGAGAAGAUGCUGAUUGGCCAGGUGAUCUCCAGCAGGUUGCAGGAGCUGGAAGGUCUGGCCAGAGAAAUGGCCCGGAAGGACAAGAACGGCGGCUGUCCGAUGCUACAUGGCGUGAACAUGAGAAGGGAUACUUUCCUCCAUGCCCAGCUAAGCGCCAUUAGACGCGAGGUAGAUAGCCUGCAGGACGAGACACUAGGGGACGAUUGA